AUGCGUCCCCAUCUCGGUGUCUUGAUUUUACCGCUACUAGCAUUGCCUGCUAGCGGCAGCGAUUAUGAUGACAAGAUUAAGAAUUGGCGAAGUUGGUGGUGGCCCCGCUGCACCAAAUAUUACGUUGAUGAGGAAACACCGUCCUUCUUCAUUGCAACAUGCGAAGAUGGAGCUGGAAACAAGGUUACCACUAAGUUGGACCUCAAACCAUGUUGCGCCAUCAAAACGGGAAAUGAAGACGAUAAAACCCACAUUGAAAAAUGCAUAUUGCGUGACGGGAACGAUCCCGGAUUGAAGGAACUAGGUUGCUUCGUCUACACAGACAACCCCGAUAACUCCAAAUGGACAAGACUGACAUUCUGGCAAAAACAAAACGUGACUGUUGAAGAUGGUGUCCUUACUUGCUUUGACUACAAAGGGGAACAUGUCUGA